ACUUUGCCAGUUGUAAUUGGCUUUCGAAGCAGAACCAUGCUCUGACGGAUGGCAUGAUGGAAAAAAGAGGCUAUUACAUCUUUACCAAAUUUUCUAGAAUUCCUUGGAAUGCUGGAUUUUUAGAGAAGUCCCUGAGGCUUGCAGAGUCCCUUGUAGUUGUCCACUUCUGGGCACCGUGGGCUCCUCAGUGUGCUCAGAUGAACGAGGUUAUGGCGGCGCUAGCGAAGGAACACACGCAGGUUACCUUUGUGAAGCUGGAAGCUGAAGCUGUGCCUGAAGUGUCUGAAAAAUAUGGCAUUAGCUCUGUUCCAACGUUCUUGUUCUUUAAGAAUUCCCAGAAAAUUGACAGAUUAGACGGUGCCCACGCCCCGGAGCUGACCAAGAAGGUGCAGCGCCACGCGUCCAGCAGUUCUGUGUCUGCCGGCCCCAACGACGGCGCCAAAGAAGACCUGAACGCGCGGCUGAAGAAGCUCGUCACCGCCGCCCCUUGCAUGCUGUUCAUGAAGGGGUCUCCAAGAGAGCCUCGCUGUGGUUUCAGCAAGCAAAUGGUGGAGAUCCUGAACAAACAUGGUAUUUCAUUUAGCAGUUUUGAUAUCUUUUCUGAUGAAGAGGUUCGUCAGGGGCUGAAAACGUAUUCUAAUUGGCCAACUUAUCCACAGCUGUAUGUAGACGGAGAGCUUAUAGGUGGACUUGAUAUUAUCAAGGAACUUGAGGCCUCUGGAGAACUGGACACGAUCUGUCCGAAGGCACAGAGGUUGGAGGACAGGUAUGAUGUCGUUAUUUUAAGGGGGUCUGUUUUUGAAGUUUCCU